AAUAUUCAAGUGCAAUAUCAUCAUCAUCAUUUUUUUCAUCAAAAAAAAAAAUUUUUUUUUAAUUUAUAUAUCCCAGUGAAAAUUGUUCUAGUCUUUAUUUUUAUUUCCUCUCUCUCUCCCUCUGUGUUUGUGUGCAUGAGUAUAUGUGUGUGUGUGUGUCCAAUUUUCGAUCUUUUACAUCGAAAUAUGAUAAAUUCAAUGUGACCUAUUCUUUUUUUUUACUAACAAGAAUUUCAUUAAAAUAAACAAAACAAAACGCAAUAUUUGUACAAAUUUGAAUAAAACAACGAAAUUAUUCUUCAAAAUAACAAUCUAAAUAUCUAAAGAUAUGAAUGAAGAUGAAUUGAAUAUUCAACUACAACAACAACAACAACAACAGAAUGCAUCGACAAAACAACAAUCGGAAGAGAAUAUUACCAUAUCGAUUAGUGGAAGAUCAUCAUUACAACAACAACAACAACAACAAUCUGAUUGUAUUGAUAAUGGAAAAUCAUCAUCCACCUCAUCAUCAUUAAUGAAUUUUCUAUCUAAUAAUAAUAACCAUCAUCAUCAUCAUCAUUUCAAUAGCUACGGUGGUCAUCAUACGGUCGAUAUGCAAAGUAUUGGUCAUAAUAAUAAUGAUUCUUCAUCAUCAUUUGAAGAAUCAACUUCAAAUAUAUUGAAUAAUACUCUUUAUCUUCCGAUGUUAAUCAAUAAUUCUAAUUCUAGUAGGCAAUCACAAUUGCUUAAUUGUUCCACCGUUAAUAAUAAUAAUAAUAAUAACAAUGAUGAUGAUAAAGAUGAUAUUUCAUUAACGUUUUCCAAUCUAAAUAUUAAUAAUGAAACGAAUAAUGAUAAAUUCUGGUCUGGUCUGGAUGUAGCCGCUACCACCACCAAUAAUAAUAAUUCGAAUGAAAAUUUCAAUAAUCAACAUUAUGCUGCUGCUAUAGCGGAUAAUUCGCUACAAUUUUCUGAACAAUCUUUAGUUCAAAAAAUGCAAAAUCAAUCUGGCCAAAUAAACAUGUCACAAAAAUUGUCGAUGAAUAUUCAAAAUUAUGGUUCAUCUUUGAAUCAUCGACCUUUGCUGUCAUCAUCGGUAUCUCAAAAUUCUAGUCUUUAUAAUCACAACAACAACAACAACAACAACAAUAAUAAUAAUAAUAAUAGUAUCAGCAGCAGUAGUAGUGCAAGUAUUCAACAACAUCCUAAAUCAAUAUCCAAUUUGAAUUGGCCACGAUCGUCACCACAACAAGGAAUAGUACAACAACAAAAUUCAUUACAAUCCAAUGGUCUGAAUUGUUGGUCGAAUGCAUUCACAUCGAAUUAUCCUUCAAUUUCAUCAACGAUAUAUAAUACAUCAAAUACUACCAAUUCGAAUAUUGUUUCAUCAUCACCAUCGGCAUCAUCAUCGCCAAAUGUAUGGUCUAAUGUUCUAUAUUCAAAUCAACAACAACAACAACAACUACAGCAACAACAACAACAGAAACGUAAUCCACAACAACAAUUUUCAAUCAAUAAUCAGAAUCCAAUGGCCAGUACAACAGCAGCAGCAGCCGCAAGCAGUAAUAGUAAAAAAUUAUUUUUUCCAAAUGAAAAUCAAUUGUUUUUAAAUGAAGCGAAUCAAAUGAAAUUUCGUCGUCAAACUCAAGCAGCAGCCGGAAUGAUAUCGACAAAAAAUUAUCCUCCAAACACAUGUUUACCUGGUGUUGUUGUUGGUGGUGGUCAAACAACUACCUAUGAUUUAGGUUCAGCUGGAAGUGAUAAUACUUCAUCAUCAAGUGAUUCGGCCAAUCUUCGUGAGAAUGGAUUAUUUUUUCAUGAUAAAAAUUUUGAACAAACCCCAUUACUUGAUUCAUUUACACGCAACACAACAACAUUGGAUCCACAGCUAUGUGAUGUAUUGAAAUCAAGCCAAGAAGCUAGUAAAAAUGUUUUCAAUAAUUAUGUUGGCCAGACGAAUUUAUCAGAUGAUAAAAAACAUUUAAAAGGCCGUUUUAAUCGAAGAAGAGGAAAAUCACCAUUUUUCACUGGAAAUGAUACUGAAUCAUUGUUCAAUGAUUUCCCAAUGUCAAAUAAUGAUCCCAAUGAACGAUUUUCACGUAAAGUUUUUGUUGGUGGUCUACCACCUGAUAUUGAUGAAGAGGAAAUCACUGCCAGUUUUCGAAGAUUUGGACAUUUAGUAGUUGAUUGGCCACAUAAAGCUGAAAGUAAAUCAUAUUUUCCACCUAAAGGUUAUGCGUUUCUAUUAUUUCAGGACGAAUCUUCCGUACAAAUGUUGAUUGAUAGCUGCAUUCAAGAAGAUGAUAAACUUUAUCUUUGUGUUUCAAGUCCAACAAUGAAAGACAAACCGGUUCAAAUUCGUCCAUGGCGAUUAAGUGACGCUGAUUAUGUUCUCGAUGCAUCAAUGCCUUUGGAUCCAAGAAAAACGGUGUUUGUUGGUGGUGUUCCUCGACCACUUAAAGCUGUGGAACUUGCAAUGAUUAUGGAUCGUCUUUAUGGUGGUGUUUGUUAUGCUGGCAUUGAUACUGAUCCUGAACUCAAAUAUCCUAAAGGAGCUGGCCGAGUAGCAUUUUCCAAUCAACAAAGUUAUAUUGCAGCAAUCAGUGCACGUUUUGUUCAAUUACAACAUGCUGAUAUCGAAAAAAGAGUUGAAGUGAAACCAUACGUAUUGGAUGAUCAAAUAUGCGAUGAAUGUCAAGGAGCACGUUGUAAUGGAAAAUAUGCUCCAUAUUUUUGCGCCAAUAUAACUUGUCUUCAAUAUUAUUGUGAAAAUUGUUGGGCUACAAUUCAUUCACGGCCGGGUCGUGAAUUUCAUAAACCACUAGUGAAAGAAGGUGCCGAUCGACCUAGGGCAAUACCAUUUCGUUGGUGUUAAUAAACGAAAGAAAAAGAAAAGUGGUGAAAUUUUUUUUUUUUUUUUUUUUUUUGGUUAUGUUCAAUUUUUUCGAUAUUGUUUGAAUUUCAACUUUUUUUUUUCUUCCCCUUCACACAAAAUACACAACACAGACAAACAAACAUCGA